AUGAGAACAUCACAGCGCUCCGUUUCAUGCGAACCGCAGAGUGCAGUCCGGGUGGUCGUGCGCUGUCGACCGCUUCUUAGUGGCGAACAGGAUCACACCUGUUCCUGUAUAAAGUUAGAUGCGGAGAAUGCUAAAGUGUUAGUUACUGGGAAAAAUCAGGAAGAAUCACGUUGUUUUGCCUUUGAUCGUGUUUUCCCACCAGAAACACAACAAACAGAAAUUAUGGAUGAGGUGCUACCUUUGAUUGAUCAUGUACUGAAUGGAUUCCAUGCCACUGUCUUUGCCUAUGGACAGACAGGGAGUGGCAAGACCCAUACAGUGGAUGGUAUUGACUAUCUACAGAAAGGUACUUCAAAUCUGCAACCAGACGGGAAAACUGCAAAACCCAAACAGCAUGGUAUUAUUCCUCGUGUUAUUCAACUCAUAUUUGAUCGGGUUCGACAGUUGCAAAUGGAGGAUGAACAUGCACGCUUUCAGCUCCGAUGUAGUUUUUAUCAAAUAUAUAAUGAACGUGUAACGGACCUUCUUAACCCUUCCACAACACAAGCAUUGGGCUCUGGGUUAAAGAUUAGAUGGCGUCGUGGGGAUGUUUACAGUGUAGAGAAUCUUUUUCUCUGUGAGUGUGAUCACCCAGAGAAGAUGCGACGUGUAUUUCUCUCUGGUGCACGAGAGAAAGUGAUGGCGAGUCACGCCAUGAACCGCCAGUCCUCACGAUCCCACACAGUCUUCACAAUAUACGUUACCCGCCUGGACGCCCAAUCACCAAAGACGGUCAUUAAGUCGGAAUUCUCCAUUGUGGAUCUGGCGGGUUCAGAGAAACUCACAAUGCUAUCAAGGGAACCAUCCGCAUCUCUAGUUAAGGAAUCCAUUGAGAUUAAUGCUUCUCUCCUUGCGUUAGGUAAGGUGAUUACAGCACUCGCUAAUGCUUCAAAGAAAAAGGGGAAAAAGGGAACUGUGUUUGAUCGACUGCAUAUUCCUUAUCGUGAUAGUAAAUUGACCAAACUGCUGAAGCACGCACUUGGUGGUAAUUCUCUCACCACCAUGUUUGCAUGUAUAAACCCAUCCGAUCGCUAUGUGGAUGAGACCCUGUCAACACUCCUCUACGCUGGCAGGGCACGAAAUAUUACAAACGUUCCCAAGGUAAAUGAAGACCCCAAAAAUGCACUUAUUCGGCAACUUCGUGCGGAGGUGGAUAAUAUGAAGAAGGAAUUAGCGUAUUAUAAAGGUCUUUUUGGUAAAAUAAACGUGAAGGAGUUUUGGAUGUAG